AUUUCACCUAAAGCGAGCUAAGAUGAGUAUUGAGAACUAAUUUUUAUUAAUAUUCAAAAGGCUAUAUCAGUAUUCUGUUGGAACUAUCUCUAAACAUUUUUUAGUUGUUUCUUUUUAAUAUUUUCAUUUUCUACGCAAUUGCAGUAUUGAAAUUUGAUGACUUUUAGUACCAAUUCGUUUAAGCAAAUAGUUCGCCGUUUAUUUAUUAAUUUACCUCGUAUGGCUGAUUCAAAUUUUGCACUAGUGUGUUGACAACGGUCAUGUUUACAAAAUCUAUUUCGACGUUUUUAUUUGUUAGGAAUCUAAACAUCAAGAUGAAGACCACCACAAGUAUAGAUUUAUUGUCUGAACAAGGCCGUCAACAAUUCUUUGCUUCAUUCGACAAUGUACUCACUGACUGUGAUGGAGUUUUAUGGAUGUUAAAUCAAGUAAUACAUGGAGCACCUGACGUAAUGAAUGGUUUUAAGUCUAAUGGCAAAAAAGUAUUUUAUGUUACCAACAAUAGCACAAAAACACAAACUCAGUUGUUAGAGAAGUUCACAAAUCUUGGAUUUAAGGCCUCUAAAAAUGAUAUAAUUAGUACUAGUUUUUUGGCUGCUAAAUAUUUGAAAUCCAAUCUUGAUCCAUCAAAAAAAGUAUAUGUUAUUGGUUCACCUGCUAUUGCUAGUGAAUUAAAUGAAGUGGGUGUAAAUCAUUUUGGCGUAGGGCCAGACUAUUUACAAAGUUCUGUGCCAACAUUUGUAGAAAAUGUACAACUUGAAGAAAAUGUAGGAGCAGUUUUAGUUGGAUUUGAUGAGCAUUUUAGUUAUCCAAAAAUCUUCAAAGCAGCAUCUUAUUUGAAAGAUCAGAGUUGUUUGUUUGUUGCAACAAAUACUGAUGAAAGUUUUCCAGUCUCUGGAACAAAGAUCAUCAUGCCUGGUACAGGAAGUUUAGUAUGUACAGUAAAAACUUGUGCUGGUCGUGAACCUUAUGUGGUUGGCAAACCUUAUAGUUACAUUCGAAAAGUUCUUAUGGAUACUUAUAAUAUUGAUCCUACAAGAACUAUAAUGAUUGGUGACCGUUGCAACACUGAUAUUUUACUGGGUAAACGUUGCGGGUUUAAAACACUUUUGGUUUUAACUGGUGUAAAUACUUUUGAAGAAAUUGAUAAAUGGAGUAAAUCUGAUGAUCCAGAACUACAAGAAUUGGUGCCUGAUUAUUAUGCUAAAAGUAUCGCUACUUUGAAAGCGACAUUCCCAUUACCACUGUGAUAAUUAUUGGUGGGAUUAGAUUUAGAUUAUUAAUAUUUCUAUUUAUAUCGUAUAAUUUUGGUUUUAGUAAAAAAUAUUUAGCUUUCAUUAUGAAAUAAAUAAUAAUUUAAUAAGCAUUA